UCUUCAGCUUCAUUUAUUUUCUAAACCUUUUGUUAAAUGAUGGCAGACACAGCAAUGUUUUGUUUUCCAUCCACAGAGCCAGUCUCCAGUGUAACCGUCACUGUCAACAACACAGACUUGGUUGAGUUCAGGGACUCUGUCAGUCUUUUCUGUUCUUCCUCUGGAUCCUUCCUCUCUUUCCUCUGGAUGAACGGCAGCUCUGAGGUCGCAGCCAGUGACAGAGUUCAGAUCACUGAUGGAGGCUCCACUCUGAUUAUAAUUGGUGUGACCCGCUAUGAUGAGGGACCAUACAGCUGUCGUGUGUCCAAUCCUGCCAGUAAUGCCAUCAGUGAUCCAGCAAACAUCAUCGUGAACUAUGGUCCAGAAAAUAUUAAACUGAUUCUGUCGCCAUCACAAGGUCCUUAUGAGGAAGGGUCAGACGUUAAUCUGAUCUGCUCCACUGAGUCCAGACCUUCAGCCCAAUGUACAUGGUUUCUGAAUGGAAACAAGCUGCCUGAUACUGGACCAGAACUCCCACUGAUCAACAUUAAUCUGAAUCAGAGUGGAAACUACAGCUGUCAGGCCUUUAAUCCCAAAACUCUGAGAUAUCAAACAUCUGAACCUGCAACUGUCUCUGUUCUCAAGCGUGUUUCCAAUGUUGUGGUAAAAUCAGACACUACAGACUUGGUUGAGUUCAGGGACUCUGUCAGUCUGUCCUGUUCUUCCUCUGGAUCUUCCCUCUCUUUCCUCUGGAUGAACGGCAGCUCUGAGGUUGCAGCCAGUGACAGAGUUCAGAUCACUGAUGGAGGCUCCACUUUAACUAUAAUCAAUGUGACCCGCUAUGAUGAGGGACCAUACAGCUGUCAUGUGUCCAAUUCUUUUAGCAGUGGCAUCAGUGAUUCAGUAAAGGUCUUCAUCAGCUAUGGCCCAGAAAAUACAGAUUUGAAAAUAUCACCAUCACAAGAAGGUUUUGAGGAAGGGUCAGACAUCUACUUGUUCUGCUCAGCUGUAUCCAGACCUGAUGCCAUUUUUCAGUGGUUUCUGAAUGGAGACCUGCUGAGUGAUACUGGUCCAGAGCUCAAACUAAUAAAUAUUCAGAUGGAUCAGAGUGGAAACUACAGCUGUGAGGCCUUUAACAGCAAAACUCUCAGAUAUCAAACAUCUCAACCCUCAGUCAUCUCUGUUCAUGGUGAGUCUUACUAG